UCGUUCCCGUGAUCGCUUCCAAAGCGAAGAUCCAAUCGGCGGGGACUCCGCUGUUUCAAGCUGCCGGUUGGGUCGAACCGCGCCCGACACCUAUUCGUGUCGCGGCGUUAGCUCCGGGCGUGAUCGAAGAGCUUUUAGUCGUCGAAGAUCAACCGGUGAAAAAGGGAGACCCUGUCGCCAAUCUUGUUCGCGAGGACAAUCAACUUGCCUACGAACGGGCGGUGGCCGACCGCGACUUACGCCGUGCCGAAGUUGAGCAAGCGAAAGCGACCCUGGAAGCGGCUAACGUUCGUGUGGAACAACCGGUCCACUUGGAAGCGCAAUUGGCCGAAGCAGACGCCCAGGUUUCGCGGAUCGAAACGCAGCUGCAAAACCUCCCGUUCGAGGUGCGACGCGCCGAAGCGAUGCGGGAGUAUGCUCGGAUCGAUCAUCAACGAAAAGUCGACGCAGGCGUUGCCGUCUCCAAGCUGACCGUGGACGAGGCCGUUUCGCGAUUAGCCACGGCCGAGGCUUCGCUCGAGGAACUGAUUCAGCGGAAGAACACCUUGGAAGCGGAAAAAGUAGCCUGGUCGAAACGGCAGCAAGCCCUCAAGACGCAGCUUCAGCUUUUAGUCGACGAGAAAGAAGCGAAAGCCACGGCGCGUUCGGUGCUGCAAGCUUCUGAGGCUCGCUUGCGUCAGGCGGAAGUGGCGUUAGCCCAAGCGAAACUGGCCCUCGAUCGAACUGUUGUCCGUGCCCCUGUGGCCGGUCGGAUUUACCAAUUGCUGAGCCCGCCUGGGUCGCAUUUGGGCAACAUGCCGACGGGAAGUAGCGAGUCGGACAGCAGCACUGUAGCUGACAUUCAGAAGAACACGCUGCAAGUGAAAGUCGCGCUGCCAGACCCACCGAACUAUUUCAAGCCGGAAAUGUUAGUCGACGUGACGUUUCUCGCUCCGAAGAUCGAGCAGCACGAAGACUCUUCGCAGGAAGAGAUGCAGCUGUUCAUUCCUAGCGAACUGGUCCAGCGUGACGGAGAGCAAACGUUUGUCUGGCUCGCCGAUCAAGCGGCCGGAUUGGCUCGCAAACAAAACGUGACCGUGGUGGCAAACCCAUCCGACCCAAUGGUUCAA